UAAAGGGGAAGCCGUGGCCCUCUCGUCCCUGUGCAGCCGCCAGCGCCGCGCCUGCGACCCUAGGCCUGCGGACAGGCCGUUUCGGGCCCCGCCGCCUCCGGAUGCGGCACUGAGGGCGGUCGCCAUGGAGACGGCCGCGGCUCCGGGCCCGGGCUGGGCCGCUGAAGGAGAGCGGCGGCGGCGGCGCUGCUCGCGCCGAGACCGAGACCGGGAGCAGCGGCGCCGCCGAGGUCCUGGCGGCGACGCGCCCCGGGCCCUGUUGGCCGCCCCGCGAGGCUCGUCGUCCUCGUCGUCGCCGCCGCCGCCCGCCCGGCCCUGGUCGUCAGCUUCGUCUGGAGAGCGGCCCGGAGGCCCGAGACGGCGACGGCCCCGGCCCAGGCCUCGACCCCCGAGACCCCGAGCUAGGAAGCGGCCUGCUGGCUCGGGCAGCCGCGGGGAGGAAGAGGAGGAGGAGGAGGAGGGGGGCGCAGACGACGGGGAGGCCGAGGAGGAGCCCGAGGAGGAGGAAGAAGAGGAGGAAGACUUGAUCGAUGGCUUCGCCAUAGCCAGUUUCGCCAGCCUCGAGGCCUUGCAGAAGGAUGCCUCACUUCAGCCCCCAGAGCGGCUGGAACAUCGGCUAAAGCAUUCUGGGAAGCGGAAGAGGGGGGCCUCCAGUGGGGCCACUGGGGAGCCAGGGGACAGCUCUGAUCGGGAGCCAGGCCGGCCCUCUGGGGAUCGGGCCCGAAAAUGGCCCAGUAAGCGGAGAAGGAAGGAGGCCUCCUCCCGUCACUCUCUGGAAGCGGGAUACAUAUGUGAUGCGGAAAGCGAUCUGGAUGAGAGGGUCUCCGAUGAUGACCUCGACCCAUCCUUUACUGUCUCAACCAGCAAAGCCUCAGGCCCCCACGGCGCCUUCAAUGGGAACUGUGAAGCAAAACUCUCCGUAGUCCCUAAAGUGUCGGGCCUGGAGCGGAGCCAGGAGCAGCCCCCAGGGCCCGAUCCGCUGCUAGUGCCUUUCCCCCCGAAGGAACCGCCACCUCCACCAGCCCCUCGGCCUCCUGUCUCACCCCCUGCACCCUUGCCGGCCGCCCCCAGUCUGCCGCCCCCACCCCAGCUGCAGCUUCGGGUCUCACCCUUUGGCCUCCGCACUUCUCCCUAUGGCAGCAGCCUGGACCUCAGCACUGGCGGCUCUUCACGGCCGCCCUCCAAGGCCCCGGCCCCUCCCGUGGCUCAGCCUCCCCCCUCAUCAUCCUCUUCGUCCUCUUCCUCCUCAUCUGCCUCCUCCUCGUCCACGCAGCUCACCCACCGGCCCCCGACGCCCUCACUGCCCCUGCCGCUGUCCACCCACAGCUUCCCCCCACCCGGGCUGCGGCCACCCCCACCCCCCCACCACCCCUCCUUGUUCUCCCCUGGCCCCACCCUGCCCCCACCCCCACCCUUGCUGCAGGUGCCAGGGCACCCUGGGGCCUCAGCUGCUAACGCCCUUUCUGAACAGGACCUGAUCGGGCAGGACCUGAACUCUCGCUACCUGAAUGCCCAGGGUGGCCCCGAGGUGGUGGGGGCAGGGGGCUCGGCCCGGCCCCUGGCCUUCCAGUUCCACCAGCACAACCACCAGCACCAGCACACCCACCAGCACACCCACCAGCACUUCACCCCUUACCCCCCGGGCCUGCUGCCGCCCCACGGCCCCCACAUGUUUGAGAAAUACCCAGGAAAGAUGGAAGGCCUUUUCCGGCAUAAUCCGUACGCGGCCUUCCCUCCCACCGUGCCCGGCCUGCCUCCGGGCCUCCCGCCGGCUGUCUCCUUUGGUUCCCUGCAGGGGGCUUUCCAGCCCAAGAGCACGAACCCCGAGCUGCCACCACGACUGGGGCCAGUGCCGAGCGGGCUUCCCCCAAAGGGGACACAGAUCCCCGACCAUUUCCGGCCACCUUUGAGGAAACCAGGGAAGUGGUGUGCCAUGCACGUGCAUGUGGCUUACAUGAUCCUGAGACACCAGGAAAAGAUGAAGGGCGACUCCCAUAAGCUUGACUUCCGGAACGAUCUCCUGCCCUGCCUUCCGGGGCCCUACGGGGCCCUGCCCACUGGCCAGGAGCUCUCCCACCCGGCCGCCUCCCUCUUCACUGCGACUGGUGCCGUCCACGCUGCAGCCAACCCUUUUACGGCAGCUCCCGGGGCCCACGGACCCUUUCUGAGCCCCAGCACCCACAUUGAUCCCUUCGGGCGUCCCACAAGCUUCGCCUCCUUGGCUGCCCUCUCCAGCGGGGCCUUUGGCGGCCUGGGCAGCCCCACACUCAACUCCGGCGCCGUCUUUGCCCAGAAAGAAAGCCCAGGGGCCCCACCAGCCUUCGCCUCCCCGCCAGACCCGUGGGGCCGCCUGCACCGCAGCCCUCUGGCCUUUCCUGCCUGGGUCCGGCCCCCUGAGGCCGCCCGGACGCCAGGCUCAGACAAGGAGCGACCUGUGGAGCGAAGGGAGGCGUCUCUCAGCAAGGAUGAUAAAGACAGGGACCUCCCGUUCUCACGGCCCCAGCUGCGAGUAUCUCCUGCCACUCCCAAGGCCCGGGCUGGCGAGGAAGGGGCCCGGCCAGCCAAGGAGUCGGUGCGGGUAAAAGAAGAACGGAAGGAGGAGGCUGCCGCCGCUGCUGCCGCCGCUGCCGCCGCCGCCGCCGCUGCCGCAGCCGCCGCCGGGCCCCAGGGCCUCCACCUGCUGUUUGAGAGGCCCAGGCCCCCCCCCUUCCUGGGCCCUAGCCCCCCGGAGCGUUGCGCGGGCUUCCUGGAGCCAGCCUGGCUGGCGGGGCCCCCCCGUCUGGCAAGGCCACCUCGCUUCUAUGAGGCGGGCGAGGAGCUGACUGGACCUGGGGCCGUGGCCGCUGCCCGCCUCUAUGGUCUGGAGCCGGCCCAUCCCCUGCUGUACAGCCGCCUGGCCCCCCCGCCACCGGCUGCGGCCCCGGGAACCCCUCACCUUCUCAGCAAGACCCCACCAGGAGCUCUUUUAGGGGCGCCGCCUCCCCUUGUGCCCGCGCCCCGGCCUGGCUCCCCACCCCGGGCCCCUGGCCCAGCCCGGGCUGACAGGUGAGGGGAGGGGAGGGGCAGGGGCAAAGCUCCAUCCCCCCCUUUCCUUUUGACAAGGUCCUAUAGCUGAGGUUUCAAGCCAGGGCUGGAGGGCAAGUGGUGUGACCUCACCAGCCACCUCUGAGGUCAUGGGACCUGAGAGCAGGGCCCCAACCACCAUGAGAUCAAGCACCAGAUGAACCUCGGGGUCACUGGGAGGGCAGGGGUCACAAGCCUCCAGAGAGGGGUGUGUGUGUGUGUGUGUGUGUGUGUGUGUGUGUGUACGUACGUACAUGAGAGUGGGGGUCACUUAAGAGGUCAUAGCUCGUGACCUCCUGAGGUGCGCCAUCCCCCCUUUUGAGGGCCCCUAGGCCCUUGGCCUGCCUCCCCAAGGGCUCACUAAGCCAGAGGCCAAAGUGCCCCCCUCCUCCCCGCGUCCCCUUCACCUACCACCCAAGUCCUCAAGCCCUCUCAGGGCUGGGGGAGGAGGGGCUAAAGGAAGGGGGGUUCCAUGUACAUAUUUAUCUCCCCUUCCACGUGGCCCGCGGACCUUUUGUACAUUUUUACAGGGGUGCCCCUCCCAAUACCCCCCCUUCCUGGUUAAUUAAAUCCUCAGACUGGUGCUGUG